GAUUCACAAAUCAAUAAACCAAAAAUGUCCAGGUCAUUCCUUGUUGACUCUCUGAUAAACAAUCAGCCUAAAGACUUGCAUUCGAGGUACCUGCCGCAGAGUUGUGAACGCCCGAUGUUGCCUUAUCCCCAGAACUACAUCAGCAGUUACUUGUUCUCGCUCAGCUUAGCGCAGCAGCAGCAACAGCAGCAACUGUUGCAACAGCAGCUAGUUAUGGGACAACACAAGACUCCUUUAAGACCAGUGCCUUCCUUGCCAAGACUAGUGACUCCCAUUCGGCCAAUAUUAAAAGAUCAGGCAUCGCCUAAGAUAUACCAAGACUUGCCUUCGCCAAAGAAAUCACCAGUGCCACAUUCCGACUCGAGCUAUCACAGCCCGCUUGUGUCUCCAGCUCACAGAGCCUCGCCUAGCCACACUGAGAGUCGAGAAUCCACCCCCACACCUCCCCUGAACCAAAAUGGACGUGCCGAAGACCGAUUCACGCCAUCGAGUAAAGAUUCCAGCAAACGAAUCAGGACUGCCUUUACCAGCACCCAGCUGUUGGAAUUAGAAAGGGAAUUUUCUUCCAACAUGUACCUUUCCAGACUGAGAAGGAUAGAAAUCGCGACGGCCUUGCGUUUAAGCGAAAAACAAGUGAAGAUUUGGUUCCAGAACAGACGUGUGAAGUAUAAGAAAGAAGACUUGCCUGCCGCAACUGGUAAUCCCGCAGCUUCUCCAGGGAAAUGCUGCUGUCUGAGGACGUGUUCCGGUGCUAGGAAACUAAAAAGUUCCACGUCGAGCUGUGAGGAGGUUGACAUCGACGUUACGAAUAUUGACGAUAAUGAAAUGCACCUCUAA